AUGCCCCAGAUGAGGAACUCGGGCUCCACUCAGAAACUCACGCCUCAGCCGACCCCAAGUGCUGAAUCCAUCCCCCAACGGAGCUACAUUCCUGAUCCGACUGGCAUCCCCUUCGUGAUCCAGAACCGCACCGCGCAGCCAUGGGUGAGCCUCAACGGGCCUCCAGCGCACCAGCCCCUCGCGUCGGCCUCGCCCUCCCUCUGCGCCAGCUCGAGCAACUCCGGCGGAUACUGGUACGAGAACAUCGAACACAACGGCCAAUCGUCCUUCCUAGACUCCAGCCACAAGGAGGCAUACAAGGUCUUCCGCAAUGUGGUCGAAGAUUACGGCGCCGAUAAUACAGGCAGUCGGGACGCGGCGCUGGCAAUUCAGGCUGCCAUUCACGCUGGACCCUCCGACGGACCCGAUCGCGCCUCCCACUCGAUGGGCACCACCGGCCAGCCGGCCAUCGUCUAUCUCCCCAGCGGGACGUACCUCCUCGAGAGUUCUCUGCAGCUCUUUGUGGGAACGGUCCUGAUCGGCGACCCAACCAAUCCGCCCGUGUUGAAGGCGGCCGCCAACUUCCCGGACGACCACAUUAUCUACGCUAAGGACCCGAAUUUCGGGGGCACCAUCAACUUCUACAUCGGCAUGAAGAAUGUGGUCCUGGACUCGACGGGCGUCGGGUAUAGUAAGAAUAUCGCCUUGCUCGACUGGACCGUCAGCCAGGCGACGCAGUUGACGAAUGUGGGAUUUAACAUGCCGACUGGUUCUGCGACACAUGUCGGGUUGACGACGCAGUAUGACUACAACAGUAAUCUAAUCAUGAACGAUCUGUGGUUCAAAGGCGGCGCGGUGGGGAUGAAGCUCAACGGCCAGCAGUGGGUGUUCAAGAACCUGAGUUUUCUCGGGACCACCACCGGCGUCAUCGCGGGGGGUACUGAUAUUACAUUCGUGGGAUGCCGCUUCGAGCAGUGCCAGACCGGAAUUGACGCGCAUGGGACAUCUGGGUCGUUGACGGUGAUCGAUACCAGCGCGACGAGCGUAGGGACCUUCAUCACGUCCGGGACGUCGAACACGGCUGGAAACUCGAUCAUCCUGGAGAACAUCAGCAACUAUGGCAACACAGUGAAGAUCGGCGACACGAUCAUUCUGAGCGGGGGCGUUUCGGACACCUGGUAUACCUCCGGCUCGAACCAAAUGCAGAGCACAAACGGACAGCAGGUCACCACUCCCCGUGCCUCAGCUUUAUUAGCUGGGAACAAAUACUUCACCAAGGCACCCCCGACCUACCAAGAGUACACGGCCAACCAGGUCCUGAACAUCAAGAACGUUGCCGGCAAGCCGGUGUACGGCGACGGGGAGACGGACGACACGCACAACAUCAAUGCCAUCCUCUCGAGUAACAAGGACUGCAAGCUCAUCUACUUCCCCGCGGGAACCUACAUUGUGACCGACACCAUCUUUGUCCCCAGCGGCAGUCGCAUUAUCGGAGAUUCGUUCGCCUCCAUCAUCAGCGCUGUGGGCGGCAAUUUCGAGAACGAGGCUUCCCCGCGGGCAAUGAUCCGGGUUGGAUACCCUGGAGAUACGGGCGUGGCUCAGAUCAGCGAUAUGGUGUUCACGGUCGCGGACAUUCUGCCUGGUUGUCAAUUGCUCGAAGUCAACAUCGCCGGCACCAACCCGGGAGACGUGGGGUUCUGGAACACGCAUUUCCGCAUCGGCGGGGCGGUGGGCAGCCUGGUGGAGAGCCAGUGCACGGGCAGCGCGGAGAGCUGCAAGGCGGCGUACGGGCUGAUCCACCUGACGAGUACCUCGUCGGCGUACAUCGAGAACAUGUGGGGAUGGACGGCGGACCACGACUUGGACGGGGAGAACGCGCAGACGAUCUCAACGGGGCGUGGAAUGCUGGUGGAGGCGACGGCGGCCACCUGGCUGAUUGGCACGGGCAUGGAGCACAACACCCUGUACCAGUACAACUUCCACCACGCGCGCAACGUCUUCUCGGCUCUGCAGCAGAGCGAGUCCCCCUACUGGCAGGGCGUCGGGAGCACGUUGGCCCCGGCCCCCUGGGACGAGCACCUGACGACCAGCGACCCGGACUUCGCGGAGUGCGGGGCCGACGACGCGCUCUGCCGGAUGGCGCUGUUCGAGCGCAUCAGCGGCUCGUCGAACUUGUUUCUGUACGGCGGGUGUAACUGGGUCUUCUUUAACGAUAAUGGCGACUGUCCCAAGGGAGAUUGUCAGAAGACCGCGGUGAAGGUGGAGGGUUCGUCGGGGAUUUAUCUUUACGGGACGAACACAAAGAGCACAACCAAUAUGGUCGUGGAGGGGGGCACCCCGAUCGCGCGCCAGAGUGAGAAUGCUGGGGGCUGGGGCGGGGUGAUUGCUGCUUAUCUGUAUGAUUCGUGA